CAUUAAGUAAGCUUUGACGUCUCAACCGUUGAAUAAGUUUCCAGGCGUAGGGCGUAAACUUUUACCGAUUUGUUUACUUUCAGAAAAAUGGCAAAGUCUAAGACAGGAUUGUUUGCACUUGGAUUCUUUGUAUUUGCCUCAUUAUUCAUUAUUAUUGCCUUCGUUAGUCCAUACUGGCUUGUUACAGACGGAAAACUUAAGAACCCGAAGUUUAUAAAAAUUGGCUUAUGGGAGGUGUGCUUCCAAGGUUUCGAAGAAAUCCAUCAUUGGUACGAUACAGUAUUUACUGGUUGCUGGUGGAUAUUUGAAGAAGAAUAUUACAUUAUUCAUGACAUACUACUGCCUGGUUUUUUCAUUGCAACACAAUUCUUUUUCACUAUAUCCAUGUGUUGUGUUAUAUUGUCGAUGUUUUUGUCUUACCUUUAUAUGAAGAAGGAUAGAGAUGAUGACAAGUACCUAACGCUUCUGGUAACAUUAGGCACUGUGCUUGUGAUUGGAGGAUUUUCUGGGAUCAUAUCUGUGGUCACUUUUGGGGCUAGAGGUGAUGGUCGAGACUGGAUGCCCAAUUGGGAACACAAUGAUCUUGGCUGGGCAUUUGCUCUUGGUGUUGUAGGGGUAGUGUUCCUCUUCCCCGCUGGCAUCCUGUUCUUAGUAGAAGCUCGAGUUCAAAAGUAUAAGAGACUACAUGAGAUGCAAAGCCGGGAGCCAUCAUCUUAUACUAUGCAUGAAAGGAAGGUUGGGUAUACAGGAGGACAUACUGACAUUUAAGCUGUAAUUAGAUUAAAACUCCGUCCUUUCAGAUCUUUUAACUUUUUUAUACAUUUUUUUACAAAUUUUACAUAUUUUUUUGACAUGUAAAUUAAUGUUACUUAAAGUUAAUGUAGUUAUAGACUAAUAGUCCGUCCAAAAUGUGUUUUUUUCUACUUUAUUAGUUAGGGUACAUAACAUAGACUCAUUAUUAAAUUAUACUCACUUAAACAUAAGUUUGGAUCUGAGUAGCAAUUUAAAAUGUACUGAUAUCAUAGUAAAGAAAGAACUGAGUAACUAGGCUUUUUAAGUAAUAGUUUAGAUUGCAAUAGGUGGCUGGAAAUUUAAUGUAUGAUACUUUUUGUUGCCUAACCAAAUCAUCUGUUUUGUUUUGGAUAUUCUAACAGUAAAACAUAUUCAUGAUCACUUAUUAAGCUUGUGUUUAGUUAUGUAUAAGAUUGUGUGCCUUAAAAAUAUAUAAUUUUAAUAAAA